UGCGACUGAAUCAAGAAGUUAAAAGAAUCAUAAAGUCAUUUUUUAAUUUUAUUAUUUAAACGAUGGUGGAUAGACUUGGUAAUAUAUAACGUUAAUUAAUCAUUAGUUGUCGUGUGUAGUAUUUCGUGAGCAUAAAGUUGAGAGUAUAAAGUGGAAAUUGAGUCGAGAAAUUUGUAAAUUUAUACUACUGGAAUUUUAAAUUGUCAAAAUUGUGAAUUCCUUUAUAAAAAUAAAUUAUUAAUGCGGGUAAUAGAGAUUAAAUUAAGUUUUGUGGUCUUAUUGACGUCAUGAAAGGUGUGAAAAGUGAUUAAUAUAAGAAAAUUGAUAGCAAUUAAGUGCACUGGAUGAUAAAAGUUCGUGGAAUUUCCAAAAAUAUAUUCGUAACUUACAGAAAAUCCGACGAAAAUAGAGAGUUUUCGAGUCAUAUGAGAUAUUAUUAUGUUGCUACAUAGUUUAUUUGUGUACAAGAAAACUAAGUGUGUGUAUUAUUAGUGAAUCAUAAUAUGAAAUUUGGUGAAUUUACAUUUUCACUAUCAAACACAAUGAAUGAAUCAGCAUCCAAGCAAAGCAAAGCAGUAAAUAGCGAAGCAAAUGCUCGACGAAUACAGAUGGUCGAGAGCUGCUUUGGUAGCUCAGGAGAACAGCUGCUUAUACCAGGUCGUGUUUUAGUAGGCGAAGGAGUACUGACAAAAAUGUGCCGUAAACGACCUAAACCUCGUCAAUUCUUUCUUUUUAAUGACAUACUGGUGUAUGGAAAUAUCGUGAUUGGAAAAAAGAAAUAUAAUAAGCAACAUAUAAUCCCUCUCGAAGAAGUUCAAUUACAAGGCCUCGAAGACACACCACACACACGAAAUGGAUGGUUAAUACGGACGACGGCUAAAUCUUUUGCAGUUUAUGCAGCAACAAGUACAGAAAAACAAGAAUGGAUGGCUCAUAUUAAUAAAUGCAUAGAAGAUUUACUCCGUAAAAGUGGUAAGAAACGCUCAGAUCAACAUGCUGCUGUUUGGGUACCCGAUAGCGAAGCUAAUGUUUGUAUGUGUUGUAAAAAAACGCAAUUCACAAUGAUCAUACGACGUCAUCAUUGCAGAAACUGCGGAGCAGUGGUGUGUGGUCCAUGUUCGCCAAAAAAGUUCUUAUUACCGUCCUCAACGAAACCACAACGCGUGUGUUUGGACUGUUAUGAUGCUCUUAGCUCAAUCAAUAAUCAACAAAAUAAAACAAAUGCAAAUUCUUCUGCCCAAAUGAAAGCUACAAACUCAGCAGAUGACUCAGAUGGAUCGGACGGCGAUGAAGAGGAACAAGACGCAAACAAAACACAUGAUGAGCCCAAAUUUUAUGGAGAUGCAACAGAAAAAACUUCAUCUGAUGAAAAAUAGAAGAAUAAAAAAAAAUUAUUAAUACGUUGACCAAGAAAUGCUAUCCACGUUUUUGAUACACAUGGAAGUAAAUCUCUUUUUCGUUACUCGUGGUGGAAAUCAUAUUAUGAAUACUUUUAUUUCUUUUUGUUUUGUACAUCAGCAGCGCAGAAUAAAAGAAAAAAAGAUAUAUUUUUUUUCUUCUGUAAAAUUUAUGUUAGUGAAUUAUAAUUAAGAUUUAAACAAACUGAUAUUUUCAAUUUCCUUUUAUUUUUUAAUUUGAUGAAUAAAAAAACAAAUAUUUUACUAUUUCUCUACAGUAUGAAACUUGAAAAUAAAAACCCCCC